AGAGUAAGUCUGAGAAAUGCUUGCUUAGUUACAAUCACUCGGUCUUUGCAACAAACAAAUAAAAAGUUGCAAAUUAAAAUGAGAAAGAUAUUACUUGUCCUUAUUAAGUGGUAAAUGUGUUUGUAUAAACAUUCGUAUUUGACAUUCAUGUAUUCAUGUGUUUUGUUAUGAGCAAGCGAACAGUUUUUGUCCAUGAUGUUGUUGGAAGAGUCAACUCAUCUAAUAUUUGUUUUAAAAUGUAAAGAAAGAAAAAGUGACCUCAAAACCAGUUGACCAAGUUCUGUGUUUGCAUAUAUUUCUCUUCUUCAUCAACAUUUCAUAACGCCAAGAAGAGAGAAGCAAAUGGAUAAAGCGAAAGCUUUUCUUGAACCAACCCAAGUAGAAUCGGACCGGGUUUCAUCACUUGCAUUUCCUCCUCACCGAUUCGGGGCCGAGUUUAGCUUCUAUCAGUAUUAUGCGCUCAGAGGCAUCCGAGUUGAUCGAGUUGAACCGGGUCAAGUCUUUUGCUCCUUCAAAGUUCCUCCUCGCCUCACUGAUAGAGAAGGAAAACUAGCAUCUGGAGCCAUUGCCAAUCUAGUUGACGAAGUCGGGGGUGCAGUAAUCUAUGUGGAGGGUCUCCCGAUGAAUGUAUCAGUGGAUAUGUCGAUUUCAUUUCUUUCAAGUGCGAAGGCAGAUGAUGAGCUGGAGAUCGUUGGUCGAGUCUUGGGUCAGAAAGGAGGUUAUUCUGGGACAAGUGUACUUUUGAAAAAUAAAACUACUGGGGAGCUCAUUGCUGAGGGGCGCCAUUCGUUAUUUGGUAAACAUGCCAGUAAAAUAUGAUGAAGUAUUUCUAUGGACCAAGAUGCCUCCUUGAAUACGUAGUUCAGUUUCCACUACCUUGUCCAUAUGUAUGUUUUCUUGUUUUAAAUCAAUAAAUGGUGCAUAGCUUUUUCUUGCCAUGAAUGUAUGGAGCAGCAUCAUGCCUGAGGAACAAGUGCCAUGUAAAUAUUGAUUACAAGAUUUUCAUUUAGCAAAGAUGUGGAGUUGAAUUCUACAGUAUAAAUUGAUUCCAAUUUGUGAA